GUAUUUCGGUUCGUGUUGUAUGAACUGAACAGCUAUGAGGAUGUGGACGUUUUCUAUAAAUGUUUUGGCAUUUACAUUAUAUAUAUCAGGACCAAAUUUUGCUAAUGGUCUUCAAGAUGUAACAACUGACCUAUUUGGGUCGGAAAAUUAUGGCACCGUGGCUGCCUUUGGUGAUUUUAACUCGGAUAAACAAACAGACAUAUUCAUCAUCAGAGAACGGUCUGAAUUGGUCAUUUUUUUGGCCGAUUUGAAAGUACCAUACUUCAAGCCCAAAGUACAUGUCAAAAAGGAAGAUCUCCCAAGUGAUGUCAUAAUCACCAGUGUGGUUCCUGGUGACUAUGAUGGAGACUCUCAGAUGGAUUUACUCCUCACCGCCCAUCUUACAUCCAAAUCGCCCCUCGAGACCAGGGUCUUCAUCUUUUGGGGAAACAACCAGACCCUGGACACACAUAUGCGAGUUGAACUUAACACAACAUUUGUGGAUCAGCCUCUUGUCAUGGAUUUCAAUGGAGACAUGAUUCCAGACAUCUUUGGAGUCACUGCUGACACCACUCAAGUCUGCGAUCUUACUGGAAGGAUCACGACAUGCCAGAAAGCUCUGGCUUCACCUGUGAAGAUGCGGGUCCCCCAUUCCAAUGCUUUCAUCGACCUGAACAAAGAUUUCACAGCUGCCUACAGCUCUCAGUGUCACCAACCCUCCCUGUCUGUCAUCGAGUCUGCUCAAGACGUGAGGAAGCAGGAGUGGACUGCCAUCAUCCCCAACUCUCAGCUCAUCGUCAUCCCGUACCCACACAAUGAACCCCGCAGCUGGAGUGCCAAGCUGUACCUCACCCCCAGCAACAUCGUCCUGCUCACGGCCAUCGCUCUCAUCGGGGUGUGUGUCUUCAUCCUCGUCAUCAUCGGAAUCCUCCACUGGAAAGAGAAGAAAGCGGAUGACCGGGAGAAGAGACAGGAAGCGCACCGCUUUCAUUUUGACGCCAUGUGAAGGAGCUGUCGCCCAGACAGGCACUGUGGGAGAAGUGAAACGCAUGAAC